GUCUUGGUGAACAGCACCGGAAAUUGUUUGGCUGGUAGGAGAAGGAUGGUUUUGGGGAAUCUGUUACUCUAUUCCCAUUCUCCCGGAUGAGAUAUGAGCUUUGAAUUGUUUGCACUGAACCCACCAAUUUUGACGACUCAAUCACAAGUCGGCAAAGGAGCAAUCAUCAUGGAUGUCAACACUCUCUUCGGCAUCAAGGGCAAAGUUGUCCUCAUUACCGGCGGCGCCAAAGGCAUCGGCCGCAUGAUCGCCGAAGGUUUCGUCCGCAACGGCGCCAAAGUGUACAUAUCCUCUCGCGACGCCGCCGCCUGCGAGACCGCCGCCUUGGAGCUCAACGCUCUGGCCUCCAAGACCUCCUCAGGCGGUUCCGCCGUCGCCCUUCCCGCCGACCUCUCUUCCGCGGAGGAAUGCACCCGUGUCGCCCAAGAACUCUCCAAGCGCGAGCAAAAGCUGCACGUGCUGAUCAACAACUCGGGCGCCACCUGGGGCGCUGCUUACGACGAGUACCCGGAUAACGCGUGGACGAAGCUGCUGACUCUGAACCUGCAUCGAGUUUUUACGCUGACGCAGGCUUUGACUCCCCUUUUGGAGAAAGCGGCAAAGAAGACGUCGUCGUCGUCGUCGGAAGGAAGAAGCGACGACGGAGUGGUGAUUGACCCGGCGCGCGUCAUCCACAUUGGCAGCAUCGACGGCAUCCGAGUCCCGCUGCUUCCCACGUACGCUUACAGCGCCAGCAAGGCGGGACUACAUCACUUGAGCAGACACAUGGCGGUGGAACUGGGGCCGAGGGGGAUCACGAGCAAUACGCUGGCGUGUGGGCCGUUUCCGAGUAAGAUGAUGGCGGCGACGCUGAGGGACUUUGGGGAGGACAUCAAGGCCGCGAAUCCCCUGGGGAGGAUUGGAACGCCGGAGGACGCGGCGGGCGCAUGUCUGUUUUUGGCGAGUAGGGCGGGGGCGUUUGUGAAUGGGGCGACGGUGACGCUAGAUGGAGGGGUGGCACUGGUGUCGAAGAUUUAGUUGAACUCAAGGUUAGGGUUGGCUUGGACCGACGCGUUAUUGACUGGGGUUAAUCGAGGUCCCAGAACGUUAGUAAUAACGAUCGUUAUUAUGCACGUAUGGGUUCGAAAUUGUCGCAGAUUUCACUCAGUGGUUGAUGUUUGAUGAUCCAGUUACUAUUCUCGCUUGAUGAUAUUACCUAACCAUAUCCCAAUUGAUACGUGAUUAUCUCGACUGAUGUCUAUCCACGGAAUGGACACAUUUGAGUUGGUUGUGGGUAGAAAAGCAGACAGAAGAGUGGAAAUUGCAAACAGGAUAUAUCCAGCCGAUAAUGCUUAUGGUAACAAAACUCCUUCUCACUUCCUGCGAGAUACCUAGUCACCCCGCCGUCCGUUGUGGAAAAACCAGCAUCCGUCCGCCCCAGAUCUUCUGCGCCGUCCAUCUCUUGUGUAUAAGGUAUUUGUAUGUGCUUGUAUGCUUCUCCGUAUCCGUGCCCGUUGUACUCCGUGAUGCUCCUGUGUCCCAAAUAGCAAAAAAAUCGAAUAUGAAAUGCCCCAGUAACGCCCUGACAAAAUUGAUGUAAAGAAAGACAAUGUGUGGAGGACUUCCUGCGAAGCCUCUCCUUCUUCUUGUUCCUGUUGCGUAGAGGAGAGGAGUGGUGGCAAAGUCAAAGAUUCCAGUACGCUGUCCGUUUUCUUGCGCUCUUGGUUCACUUUUGGCCAUAGCAGCAGAGUGCUGAUUCCUCAGUCACAAAGUCGUGGUCGGCUAUGUGGCGUGCUCGGUGCUUCCUGAGUGCAUCUGUUUGCAGACAAGCCUCUUCUGGAUACCCAGAGAUUUUCUCGUGACUUGACUUGCAAUAGUUCCCCUUUUUUUUUGGCGUUGUUGUGGUGAGACCUUGGUUGUGGAAAAGUAUUUUUCCGCAAUGGCUGAACAUGUGGAUCGCUUGUAUUCCUUCGAUCACGGAAUAGUUUUUGUCGGUCCCUCUUCAUACUCUCUGUGACUGUGGAGAAAAAGCGCCAACGGUGUCACAAACCACAACUCCAAAUUCAGCCCAGAGGUUCAGUUGUUGUUGCCCUAAAGUGGAGAAAAACCGCGAGUACCGUUUGAUGCCUCAUCCUUCUCAGAACAAGCGCGUUCUUGCAGUGCGCGCAAAAUGAAGAAUUUAUGAGAGACCGAUAUCCUCAAAGUCACGCAUCAUCACGGCCAUUUGGGCACGCUUUGCGGCCUCGGCGACCAGUGUGAAGUCCUUGAGGAAGGCAUCCGUCGAGUUACCGGUCUUGGCGGGAGCAGGUUGAGGCGGCACGAUCUUGGCGGCUACGGGCGACCGUUGAAUGGAAGCCAUGGAGGAGGUCUGCUGAGUUGUGGGGGUGGAGUUGGAGGCGUCCAUAGUGAUUGCUGAGUAUGUGCGUCUUGGGUGCGACGAGUGUCUUUGCUUUCGAAGUGAUGUUGCCGGUUGAC